AGAGAGAGAGAGAGAGAGAGAGAGAGAGAGAGAGAGAGAGAGAGAGAGAGAUUCUUAUGACCACCAGUCAAAGAAAAGAAAAAAGUGAACAGUGAGAUAAUGUAGACGCAGCUUGAUAAUUGGAGGCAGCCCGCUGGACUCUAGAGGCUGAACGACACCCCGUCCCCGUCCAUGUGAUCCCAGUAGGGAAUGUGUGUGAUCGGUUUGACUCUGAAGCUGACAUGGGGGACGGGGAGGCUGCCGGUCAGCGGGUCUCACCGCUGAAGAACUUCGCGGCGGGGGGCGUCGCCGGAGCUUGUCUCCUGCUCGCCGGACACCCGCUUGACACGAUCAAGGUGAGGUUACAGACUCAGCCCAAAGCUUCCCCCGGCCAGCUCUUGCUCUACAGAGGAACUUAUGACUGCUUCCACAAGACCAUCUCCAAAGAGGGGAUCCUGGGCCUGUACAAGGGCAUGGGGGCUCCCCUGGCUGGAGUUGCUCCUAUGAUGGCCAUUAGUUUCUUUGGCUUCGGUUUGGGGAAACAGCUUCAGCAAGGCAACUCUGGCAAAGCACUGACGCCCGUGCAGAUCUUCCUGUCGGGCUGCCUGGCGGGGGUGUUUACCACAGUGAUAGUGGCUCCAGGGGAGAGGAUCAAGUGCUUACUGCAGGUUCAGGCUAGCGGUGGAGCAGUUAAAUAUGCAGGUCCUAUUGACUGUGCUCUGAGGCUCUUUAAGGAGCAGGGGAUACGGAGUGUCUACAAAGGCACCCUGCUUACUCUGAUCAGAGAUGUGCCUUCUAAUGGUCUCUAUUUCCUGACCUAUGAAACCCUUAAGAACCUCCUGACCACAGAGGGUCAAAGCGUGUCCCAACUCAGCACUCCCAAGAUCAUCCUGGCCGGGGGCGUGGCCGGGAUCCUGAACUGGACCAUCGCCCUCCCCCCCGACGUGCUGAAGUCCAACUUCCAGACAGACAGCAUGGAGGCAGAACGGCAGGACUGAUCCUGAUCAUCUUAAAUGUUGCUGCAACGAUGCAUCAUAUAUUCCGUUGCAUCCACAACAUGCAUCGUUGAAAGAUUGGAGCAUGAGUAAGAGACAAAUAGAAAAAACGACGUUGAAGAAAGGCGAACGACUGCUUUACCAGAGAAAUAGAUUGUUUUUGCUGUUUAGCCUGCAUCGACAGCAGGGAAGGAUCUGGGUAGACUGUUUUAAAUAAGUCUGACAUGGUUGUAAAUAAUAAUAAAAAAAACAAUUUCUAUUUUUUUUAACCAUUCAGCGAACAAAAGUCAAGAGGCUGAUAAUCAUUCAGGAUGCCACUUAAUGACAUGCAGAAGCGUCAUCCACACGCCCACUCAAGUGGUGUGAGAAAUACAGACUUUCUCAUCCUGAUUCACACAUAAGGUUAUUUACAUUUCCUCCGGAGAAAAUAUUACCUCAGGGGCAAUGUUCCCUGAGAUUUCUUCAGCACUGAGCAAUUCACAACAACGCGACCCUGCCGAAAAUGACCAGGGGCCUGCGUUAGCCAUAGGGGAUUCAAAGAGAUGACAGCAAAUGCAUCAAUAUGCCUGCAAGGUUGAUAUUUAUUCAAUAUCCUUUAUAAUGGUUGGACUUUACUUACUUACUGCCCUUUAUGCCUACUGGCAUGUAGGGCAGCGACAAAGGAUCUCCACUCCUGUCGGUUUUGGGCGAGCCUUGCCUUCAGGGGUCCAGUGUAGGGCGGUUCUUGUAAUGUAGUCCUGUUCUUUUCGCAUGAUGUGGCCAAUCCAUCUCCACCGCCUUCUUGUAAUGAUGGUUUGAUACUUUCUUGGUUUGUCCGAGCAAGUAAUUGCUGGUUGGAGAUGGUGUUAGGCCAGAAGAUACGUACGAUUAUUCUGAGGUUUCUUGUGUGGAAUGCAGAGAUCUUGGAAAGGUCUUUCUCUGUCAUCCUCCAGCAUUCAGAGCUGUAUAAUAAAGUGGAGAGAACACAGCUCUUUUAUAACUUGAGUUUGGUGUUGAUGCUAUACUUCGUGGACUUCCACACAUUGUUCAUCAUUCUGAAUGUGCUUCUUGCCUUGUUGAGUCGGCUUUUGAUGUCAUUGCCUGUUCCUCCAUCAUAUCUUACAGUGCUUCCCAGAUAUGAAAACUCUUCUGUUGUGGGUAUAUUUAUUCCAUUUAUUUGUAUAGAUGGGAGAUUUUGUGUGAUUAAGGUCAUCACCUCUGUUUUCUUCAGGCUUAUGUUCAGUCCUAUUUGUUGUGCAAAUCUAUUGACACGGGAUGUUUUUU